AUGUGGCUUCCGUUGGUGCUGCUCGCCUUGAUGGCGAGCGGUUCCGCCUGUCCGUAUCUCUGUGAGUGUCAUCAGAAUAACGUCGAGAAAAACGACGUGUCAACUUUACUGGACGUGACGUGUCGCGAACGCGUACCCGGUCUAUCGGAGUUACCCAUGGUAGUGAGAAGUUUGUCGGUGGACAGCGUCGAGGGACCGGACGUUGAUAUCCUCCUAGAUGAGUUGGAAGCCGCCGACUUAGUGAACGAUCUCGGGAUGAACGAUGCUUCGGAUAAUCUCAAAGCGAAUGACACCUCGAAGAUGAACGACACGUCGUCGUCGGAAGAGCCGACAGGUACAACAGAGAUUCUACCGUAUUUGGUCGAGUUCACAGUGACAAAUUGUUCGUUGAUGUCGUUGAAUGCAUCGUGGCACGGUCUCGAGCGCUUGAGGUCAUUAAAUUUGUCGUGCAACAACUUGCCACGGAUAAGAGACGUGCUGGUGAUCCGCGCGACGAAUCUAAGCGAGCUGGCGUGCCUAGAUCUAUCGGACAAUUCGUUAAUGGACAUCAGUGUCAAUUCUUUCAGGACGCUCGUCAGACUCGUGCGACUGAGUUUACGUAAAAACGCGAUUAGCACAGUGGAUGAGGGCGCGUUUCGCGGUCUCGAUCGACUGGAAUUUCUCGAUCUAUCGGACAACAGGUUGGCGGACUUGCCGGAUAGCGCGCUCACGCCACUAUGCUCUUUACAGAAACUCGAUCUCAGCGGUAACCAGCUGCAAGUUCUGGGCGCCAGGUGGUUUGAAAGUCUCGACAGAUUGAGGGAACUCGAUGUUUCGCGAAAUGGAUUAGCCAGAGCAGCUUCGGGAACGCUGCAACCGUUAUCGGGACUAUCUGUUCUAAGGCUAGCGGAAAAUCCGCUAAAAGAGAGAGACGUAUCUCUAUUAUUGGGCACUGGAAGGAGAUUGGAAACGGUAGAUGCGUCCCGCACUGGAUUAGCGCGAGUUCCAGCUGCUUUAACGAGAUCGGUCAGAGCACUUAGACUCGCUGGUAACAGACUGACUACUAUUCGCAGCGGUGACUUGGACAGUUAUCCUCUGUUGCGUAUGUUGGAUAUUGCCGAUAACCGUUUGAUGGAUAUCGAGAAUGACGCUUUGGGACGACUGGAGGUUUUGGAAGAACUCGAUCUAUCAGGAAAUGUACUUUCAAAGAUACCGGAUAGUUUACCGAACAGUCUUGUGAUGCUUAAACUGCAGCGAAACACUAUAACUGCAUUGAAACUCGAUGAUCUCAAUGGUUUAUACAACCUGCGAUCAUUAAUGUUGAACGAUAAUGCCAUCAGUGAAAUCGAUGUGGGCGCGCUCGGUCAACUGCCUUUGCUCGCCGAGCUGGAUUUAUCCAAUAAUCCUAUCAAAGUGUUAUCAACUAAUACUCUAAGUGGACCGAGUAAUUUGACGAAGCUGCGAAUGUCAGGACUAACGACGCUUCAACGACAUCAGGAAGAACAAAGCGACAUGGCGUUUCCGGUACCGACUCCAGAACAUUUGGUAAUGUUAGAUGUGUCGCGUAGUCCAGUUCUUGCUAGGCAGUUACUGGCGGAUGAUGCUGCACUAUCUGCCUGCAAAAGUCUGACAGAGCUGAAUCUCUCGGCGACCAACAUCAGCACCGUCAGAUCCGAUGUCGCGUAUAUGUUGCCGCAGUUGCGCGUUCUUAAACUCGGUAAGAACAAUUGGAACUGCACGGAAGAUCUCUACUGGUUGGGCGAAUGGAUCAGACAACACCGCGAACCAAAUCAACAAUACCAAACAGCGCGAUGCUCAAAUCCGCGGAAACUGGCAGGAUUAUUUUUGCACGAACUGCCAUCGCCGUCAAAUUUCGUUUCCACAACCGCGGGAAUCAUCACGACGGCGGCUGCAAGCACCUCAGUUACCCUAUCUGUCGUCUUCACGCUCGAACAUACGUCGAAUACUGAUCAGCCAAACGUCACGGUGUCUUCCAAUAUCGAAGAUGCGAAUUCUGAUAAUAACGUCACGGAUCUUCUCGCGCUAUCUUCCGUAAACGCGAAAACCGAAUCAAAAAUGGUAGCUGACUCAGAUUUUCUCUCUAUCUCAGAAACCGUCACCGCAACAGCGUCAUCGAAAAAAAUACCGCGAGUCUAUGAGGCGCCAACAUCCUUCCGUAAUGUAACGUCGUCAAUCACGAUGCGGACGAGCGGAGAACCGGAUCGAAAGAGCGAUAAAACAAAUCGUAUCUCGAUGGAUCAGAAUUUAAUCAAGCACAUCGUCGUCUCAGCUUCUCGAGCACCAAACGACCCCAAGCUAUCCAUUAUGAGAAUAGAAGACGCGGAAUCGCGUUCGCAAAUUUUCGAUAAUCGAGCCGACGGUGGGACGCGAAAAAAUAGUAAGAUGAGGAAAGUUGCCGCGUCAGGCGUCGGCGAAAUCUUCUCGUCGGGCUCUUCGAACGUGGGAAGGAAAACGAUCGAGAAGCACACGAGCAGCAUGAGUAAUGUGACGAAGGCAAACGUAGUGUUGGACGAGCGCGACUCGAAAACGAUAGCGGAAGAAUUGAACAGUCGAGUGACCGAUUCCGGCGCUAGAAUAUCGGAAGCUUUGUCUGCCGGUGCCCAUCCCGGAAUGUUGGUGUUAGUCGGCGCGGCCCUCGGCGCCGUCGCGGCGCUGACCGUCGUACUCUCACGAAGAGCAACGGUGCAUCGGACGGACAGGUAUCAUCGUCACGAGAAUAUCGAAGUGCAUACUCUCACGCCUACUGCGGAGCUUUGGUGACCAGAAUCGGAACACGUCCGAUUGUUUGAGAGAGACAGGCGAUUGGACGUCGAGAAUCGUGACCGAGAAGCAUCGACGCUGCCUCAACAAUCGACUAGUCCACGGUUGAUCGAUGUGUGUUUGAGGAAGAUUCUCAAGUAACCUACAAUAUCGACACGCAUCCUAUUAUUCGUCGACAUCUAAAUGGGUAUACCAAGGAGAGGUACUAUAACUAAAGUAUUAAUCAGAGAGUUGGGAGGAUCCUCCUGACUGUCGAAGCCAUGGGGAAAGAACGAGCGACUAAAGUUGUCGAAGUUGGGAACGAGAUAUUCCGAGCUAAUCCGUAUCGCUUCGGAAAUCGCCAAUACGUCGCGGAUUACUAGGGGACAAUAUCGGAAAAAAAAAGAAAUUAUUCGAACGUGACAUAAAACUACAAUCUGAAAAGAACAAAAGGAAGG